AUGGGCUUUCUAAGCAUUGUGGGUAAUUCCUUUGGCUGCUCGGCGUCCGGGGAGAGGCUCGUAUCGGCUGCGAGGGAUGGAGAUCUACAGGAAGCGAAGGCUCUCCUGGAGUACAACCCCCGUCUUGCCAGGUACUCCACCUUCGGCGUCCGAAAUUCGCCGCUUCACUACUCCGCAGCACAAGGCCACCACGAGGUACUCGGCUCAUUCCCCUUGGAUCAGUUCCAAUUCUUCAUCACAGUGCUUCGCGUUUGACCAAAAUCGUACGCAAGACCCAAAGGCAAGUCAAAUUAAAAUUCUGUCUCUGCCCUCUUGCGUCCAGAUCGUCUCCUUGUUGCUCGAAUCCGGCGUGGAAAUCAACCUCAGGAAUUUCCGUGGGCAGGUGAGAUGGUUCCUACUCUUCCCAUCCGAAUUUCUCCUCUUAUAUAGCCCCGUGAUUGCUAUCAUUAGUCAUCAGAUACGAGCUUUUACUGAAAUAAUCUUACAUUCGAUCUGCAUCGUCAGUAGCUUAAUAGGAGGGAGAUCUACUAAUAUUAAUAAUUCCCGCUGAAACUUGCCUUCCUGAUGAACAGACAGCGUUGAUGCAAGCCUGCCAGUACGGUCAUUGGGAGGUCGUUCAGACCCUUAUUCUCUUCAAGGCCAAUGUAAGCUACCCUGUUUCUUAAGUGGUUCGUCCUUUUGCCCCGAGAAUUUGCAUUGGGCUUUCUUUGACUAACAUAUUGGAUAACGGCUUCAUCAGAUACACAGGACAGACUAUCUCAACGGAGGAACAGCUCUCCACUUCGCCGCCCUAAAUGGCCACACCCGCUGCAUCCGCCUUCUCCUCGCAGAUUAUGUACCCAGCUCACCUCAGUUCUGGAACUCCGCCAGGGGAAAGUCAACGAACGAAACUCCGAGGAUGCCAGAGUUUGACGAGAGGUAAUUCUGUCAACUUCGAUAUGAUCGAGCAUUGACAAUUUGGACGCAGGACUCUUAAAAUUUUCUGCUUUUCGCGUCCCCAGUGCUCUGUCCAGGGUUGUUAAUAAGUGGGCAGAUGGCGGCAUUACUGCCCUUCACAUGGCUGCUCUAAAUGGGCACCUUGAGAGUGUUCGAUUACUGUUGGACUUGGGCGCUCGUGUGUCUGAUGUCACAGUGGAGGAUGGAACGACGAUUGACCUGAUAGGUAGGCCCUCACCCUUUUCUUGACGUCAUGUCAGGAUGCGGGUUCAGUGAAUAUGUGGUACUAUUUAUGCAGAAAUCUGUCAGAUUGUUGGGUUUACUGUCAGUUUUUUGCUCGGCUUGUUGGGAUAUCUAGCUUCGUUUUCAUAUAAAUGUUCAUGUAAAUUUCUAUUUCUUCCAUAAAACGGAUCAUACUAGAGCUGGAUCUUGGAGAAUUUGUUUCCGAGUAGCAGAUAAUUUUUUCCGAAAUUAUCUGAACUCAUGUACUAUUGACUUUUUCCGAAAAGGAUACGAUCGGAUCAGGAAGAUACAUAGAACACCAUAGUAGACGGUAUGUUGGCAAGAAGAAAACUAUUGGUUCAAGAUGGAAUUGGUCCUUUCUGCCUUGAAUGUUUCAGGGCUCCUGUUCAGUUGUGGUCUUUGGAAAUCUACAAAUCGCUUGAAUUGAUGAAUCUGGUUGGUCUGGGCCGUUAACAAAUUUGAUUCUUUGUCCAAUCGUUCUUAUGCCAUGAUUUCUGGAUAAUCAUACAUUUUCUAACGUCUUCAUGCUUGGCCAAUACAAACUUCUUCCGAGUUUAGCUGCACGCCCUAGACACAUUUUGCCACCCAACUUGUGUAAAAUGUACACAGUACGCAGGGUUGACUCAGAUAUACCUCGUAAGGGGUGGCAAGGGUUGAUCAUGGACGAUGAAUUCCUUCAUAUACUUUGUUGAAUUGUAUAAGAUGAUUGUGUGCCAGCUCUAUCGUACUAAAUAACUUGAUAUUCACCUUGUUCUCAUAUAUUCAUAUCAUCAAUGUUUCACCAAGGAAUUGGAAUCCAAAGAUGCAAACCUCGGCCACCACCUGUUCUCAACUAGGUCUUGGGGUGUCAUCUUCCAGGUCCCUAUCGGUGGCUGGGUUUUUCAUUGAGGGUAUUGUGAUAAUGAUGAUUACCUGUGUUAAUUGAUCUAUCAGAAUUGCUAUGCUUUUAGAGAAUUUGCUUUUUAUACACGAAAAGUAUGUUAUGAUUUCUCUGUUAGAUAAAUCUUCUUCUUUUCCAAUUCAUCAGGCGCUGGUAGCACCCCACUUCAUUAUGCUGCUUGUGGCGGAAGUGCACAGUGCUGCCAAGUAAGUUGAUCAAUUGAGAUGUUUAUCAUGUUUAUCCAAAACAAGGACGUGUAGUUAUUUACUUCAUGCCUCCUUUUUCAGAUUCUAAUCGCCAGGGGCGCCUGUUUGAAUGCUGAAAAUGCAAAUGGGUAGGCUUUCUUCUGAUAAUCUUCACCGUAGAAUUGAUGCCAGUAAAAGGAAAAACACACUAAUCAUUUAUGAAAUUCCACUUAAUUUUUUUCUGCACCACUUAAAAUUUUCGUGUAUGCAAGGUUUAUAAAACAAAGCCACGAUGAGUAGCAUUGUUUGCUACCUUUCUUAAAAUUAAAUAAUUUAAUAGAGCUGAAAAUGCUCAUGUUUAUCAUCAAUUGAACGCACACUCAUUCUACCGUCUUUACCAAAACACGGGGAAGCCCAGCCGCCAUUUAUGCAUAUUUACCUAGUUUUCUGAGAAGAUUAAAGGCCAAAAGCUUGGAUCAUCCCUCAAACAUCAUACGCAAGACCUUCUGAAUCACCGAGGUAGGCAUAGCUUAAACUUUAUGUGUUACGUUCCAUUUACCUUGUAAAAUAUUUCGAUAAUUCCUAGUAAAUACAAGGACUUCCUAAUAGUUAGUUUACUACUAAAAACAAUUCCUGAAUGCUCAUGGUUAUUUGAGAAGUUCCUAGGCAAAGGACAUAAUUUCUGUUGUCUCUAUGGUAGUUCUGUUUCUUAAUCUUCUUCACUUUUCUCGCUUAUUUUCAUGGCGAAUCAUUGACGAUUAGCUAACCAGCUGAGUCCUUUCCUCCGACUUUGAAGGUUGACACCACUGAUGGUGGCUCGCUCGUGGCAUAGAAAUUGGUUGGAGAGUAUUCUUAGCAAACAGCCUGAGGGCCGUGCGCGUAUUCUCCCAUCUCCGUAUCUAUCUCUUCCAUUAAUGAGCGUCGUUAAGAUUGCAAGGUGAAAUGAGAUAUUCUCCUCUUGUCUUCUUAUUGCUUGUAAAGUCCCAAAUCUUCUUUCUUAUCUCGUAUUUAUUGAAGAUCGUCUUAUUUCUUCGUAUAUAAGGUUGCCCAGGUUUUUUUCAUUCCCUACUAUUUAUUUGGUUCCCUUCUCCGAGUCAAUCCCAGAUUGAAAUAUCAUUGGUCGGAUGGGAAAAAUGGGGAUGAUAAUGGGGGAUAUUACCCUUAUUUUCUCCUUUUUCUUAAGGUGGUUCACAGUUUAUGGGAGAAAUAAUCAGAGAGGAAAAGCAGAAUCAUCCUCUUUCAUCAAUAUUUCUACUGAUUUUACUAUUAAUACGGAUCUGUUUUCACUUCAGAUUAGUCACUUUAGUCCCCUGUUUCUUCCAAAUGGAUUGAAUUAAUGAUCAUAUCAUAUCUUUGCUUUAUAAGUGCUUCCUAGAACUUCGUUGCGAUCCACCUACGAUACGACCCUCGUUCCCCCCCCCCCCCGUUUUUCUUGCGGCAAAUUCGCUGUCUCAGAAGGGAAAAGUAGGUCCGCGCAAACCAUCUUGUUUCAUCGAUAUUUUUUACCGAUUUGAUCUCGUUAUGGGUUUGUUUCUGUUCAUUGUGUGAAUUAUGUCAAAUCUUUAAGCGAGACGUGAUUUUCUCUCGCUGUUUCGCCCUAAACCGAUGCUUGAAAGGCCAAUCGUCGACGGUGAUUUCUUCUACAGGGAAUGCGGAUGGAGGAACGCGGGUCAAUCUCCCGCGUGCAUCGAUCCUUGCGCGGUGUGCUUGGAGAGACGAUGCACGGUGUCGGCAGAAGGUUUGUCCCUAUCCUUUUCUCUGAAUGGAUCAGUUCUAGCAGCUUCGAAACUUUUCGAACCCCCCGUUUCGAAUGAAUAUAUGGUUUGAACCAUCGAUUUCUCUGCAGGUUCGAAGCAUUAAUUCCUCCAUAAAAUUAUCGUUUCCCAGAACAGUUUUUUUAUGUUCUUGGGUCUGAUAAUGGAUAAUUUUUGAAGUACAGCAAGCCGAUUGCCUGCUGAGAAUUCAUGAUUUUCUGUUCCGUGUUUUUGAAUUGUGGUUUCCUGUUAACACGGCGUUUCCAAACUUUGCAGGCUGUGGCCAUGAGUUCUGCACUAGAUGCGCUCUGUAUCUAUGUUCGACAAACAGCACAUCAACCGUGGUGCCCGGCCCUCCUGGUUCGAUUGCUUGCCCCCUCUGCCGUAACGCCAUCGUCGCCUUCGGCAAGGUACCCGGCGCCAGCCCCGUCAGGGAGCCGUCAAGAAUGAGCAUGUCCCUGUCUCUAUGCGCGGCCUGUCCGGCAGUGGGAUCCGAUAGCGCCGCGGCGGCAACUACCCAGCUAUGCCGAUCGGACACCUACUGCGCGCGGAUCCCGCCGCUGGGUUCGUCGUCUUUCCGGUCGCUCAGCAGUCAGAAGUUCCCGUCGAUGAGGCUCAACUCCUGCAUGAGGGCCCCUGAGACGAGAUCUUCCCUCGUCAGGUCCUCGCGGGCAAGGCUCCGCCGUUCGGCCUCCCACGUCGAAGGGAGGAGGUCGUGGCUCGUGUCCCUCAACCAGUGCGUGACGACUGGAAGUUGA